ACCGCAGCAGCUAAACCAUAACACACAGCUAGCGCACAUUUUACCUAGCCAUCGGCUAGGUAGGCUUAAGCUGAUAUUUCAGAAAAUAUGACUCACUAAAUGUUAGCUGAAGGACAGAAAAUAAAGCUACAAACUCAGAUAACGUAUUGGACGUAGAUGCUGAGGGCAGCCUUCCAGGAUGUAUGCUGUGUACAGGCAAGCCCACACCCCCACUGCCGUGGAGUUUUCUGUCUAUUGCAACUUUAUAUCCAGUAAGGAGAAAAAUCUAGUUGUUGCUGGAACGUCUCAGCUAUUUGUGUACAGGAUCAUCCAUGAUGUAGAGAGUACAUCGAAGGCUGACAAACCGUCUGAUGCCAAAACCCGUAAAGAAAAGCUGGAGCAGGUGGCAUCCUUUUCACUCUUUGGCAAUGUCAUGUCAAUGGCCAGCGUGCAGCUUGUAGGAGCCAACAAAGAUGCACUCCUCCUCAGUUUCAAAGAUGCGAAGUUGUCUGUAGUAGAGUAUGAUCCUGGCACACACGACCUCAAGACGCUGUCUCUCCAUUAUUUUGAGGAACCAGAGCUCAGAGAUGGCUUUGUACAGAAUGUACAUAUCCCCAUUGUGCGUGUAGACCCAGAGAACCGCUGUGCUGUAAUGCUUGUUUAUGGCACCAAACUUGUGGUGUUACCGUUCCGAAAGGACACGCUAACAGAUGAACAAGAGGGUGGAGUGGGAGAAGGACCUAAAUCCAGCUUCCUGCCCAGUUACAUCAUUGAUGUCCGCGAGCUGGACGAGAAGCUGCUGAACAUCAUAGACAUGAAGUUCCUCCACGGCUACUACGAGCCCACGUUGCUGAUUCUGUUUGAGCCAAACCAGACGUGGCCUGGUCGUGUGGCUGUUCGUCAGGACACUUGCAGCAUUGUUGCCAUCUCCCUCAACAUCAUGCAGAAGGUUCAUCCUGUCAUCUGGUCUCUCAGCAAUCUCCCGUUUGACUGCACACAAGUCAUGGCUGUUCCCAAACCCAUCGGUGGUGUGGUGGUGUUUGCUGUCAAUUCACUGCUGUAUCUCAACCAGAGUGUCCCGCCAUAUGGAGUUUCUCUAAAUUCUCAGACGACUGGGACCACGUCCUUUCCCUUGCGUGUCCAAGAGGAGGUGAAGAUCUCACUAGACUGUUCUCAGUCUGACUUCAUCGCUUAUGAUAAGAUGGUUAUCUCGCUGAAAGGAGGGGAGAUUUACGUGUUGACCCUCAUAACAGACGGUAUGAGGAGUGUGCGGGCGUUUCACUUUGACAAAGCUGCAGCCAGCGUCCUGACGACAUGUAUGGUAACCAUGGAGCCUGGGUACCUUUUCCUCGGCUCUCGCCUUGGAAACUCUCUACUACUAAAGUACACAGAGAAGCUGCAGGAGGCGCCAGCGGAGGAAGGCAAAGAAAAGCAGGACAAAGAAAAGGAGAAGGAAAAAGAGAAACAGGAGGAGCCUCCCAGUAAAAAGAAGCGGGUGGAGUCUUCCACCAACUGGACUGAUGAAGUGGAUGAAAUCGAGGUGUACGGAAGUGAGGCCCAGUCAGGCACUCAGCUGGCCACCUACUCCUUUGAGGUGUGUGACAGCAUUCUCAACAUUGGACCUUGUGCAAAUGCCUCAAUGGGUGAACCUGCUUUCCUGUCUGAAGAGUUUCAGAGCAACCCUGAACCUGACCUGGAGGUGGUGGUGUGCUCUGGCUACGGCAAGAACGGUGCGCUAUCUGUCCUGCAGAGAAGCAUCCGACCCCAAGUCGUCACUACAUUUGAGUUACCAGGUUGCCACGACAUGUGGACCGUCAUCUCAAAUGAAGUCAAAGAGGAUAAAAAAGCUGUAAAAAGCGAGGAGUCAGAGGACGGAGCAAAGACUGAGACAGAGGAGGAGAGUGUGGAGGGAGAGAAGGACAAGGAGGAGACGGAGAAAGAGGAGGAGAAGACAGAGCCUCCACUGGAGGAUGACGCGAGGAAACAUGGCUUCCUCAUCCUCAGUAGAGAGGACUCCACCAUGAUCCUGCAAACCGGUCAGGAGAUCAUGGAGCUGGACACCAGUGGUUUUGCCACUCAGGGACCCACUGUGUUUGCUGGAAACAUUGGUGAGAACCAGUACAUCAUUCAGGUGUCGCCUAUGGGACUUCGACUUCUGGAAGGAGUAAAACAGAUUCACUUCAUCCCGGUGGAUCUGGGCUCUCCCAUAGUGCAUUGCUCCGUGGCAGACCCUUACGUAGUUAUCAUGACAGCUGAAGGGGUAGUUACCAUGUUUGUGCUGAAGAACGAUUCAUACAUGGGGAAGACUCACCGCCUUGCUCUGCAGAAACCACAGAUUUCCACACAAUCUCGUGUGAUCUCGCUGUGCGCGUACCGAGACAUCAGCGGCAUGUUCACCACUGAAAACAAAGUGAGCAGCUCCACCAAAGAGGACAACAUCAUCAGGAGUCAGUCUGAGGCGGAGACCCUCAUCCACGACCUCAGCAACACGGUGGAUGAUGAGGAGGAGAUGCUGUACGGAGACUCCAACACCAGCGCUGCACCAGCUAAAGAGGAGAUGAGCCGCAGCUCUGUGGCACCGGUGCCUUCUGUCAGCGAGGGAGGCCCAAGUAAAGCCGAGCCCACCCACUGGUGUGUGAUCAUCAGGGAGAAUGGCGUGAUGGAGAUUUACCAGCUGCCAGACUGGAGGUUGGUCUUCCUGGUGAAGAACUUCCCAGUAGGACAAAGAGUGCUGGUGGAUAGUUCUUCCGGCCAAUCGGCAACGCAGGGAGACGGUAAAAAAGAAGAAGUCACUCGACAAGGAGAGAUCCCGCUGGUAAAAGAGGUGGCUUUGGUUUCACUGGGCAACAAUCACAGCAGACCGUAUUUACUGGUCCAUGUGGAGCACGAGCUUUUGAUCUACGAAGCGUUCCCUUACGAUCAGCAGCAGCCACAGAACAACCUGAAAGUCCGCUUCAAAAAGGUGCCCCACAACAUCAACUUCAGAGAGAAGAAGUCAAAGCUAAAGAAAGACAAGAAAGCAGAGAGCGGUGGCACAGAGGAAGCCGCGGGGGGGAAAGGUCGGAUUGCCAGGUUCAGAUACUUUGAGGACAUCUCUGGAUACUCAGGGGUGUUUAUCUGCGGCCCUUCACCUCACUGGAUGCUGGUCACCUCUCGGGGAGCGAUGAGGCUUCACCCCAUGACCAUCGACGGUCCCAUCGAGUCUUUCUCUCCGUUUCAUAACAUCAACUGUCCCAAAGGUUUCCUCUACUUCAACAAGCAGGGCGAGCUGAGGAUCAGCGUCCUUCCCACAUACCUGUCCUACGAUGCCCCGUGGCCCGUCAGAAAGAUUCCACUGAGGUGCACCGUCCACUACGUCUCCUACCAUGUUGAGUCCAAGGUGUACGCCGUGUGCACGAGCGUGAAGGAGCUGUGCACUCGCAUCCCCAGGAUGACCGGCGAGGAGAAGGAGUUUGAAGUCAUAGAGAGAGAUGAGCGUUACAUCAAUCCUCAGCAGGAGAAGUUCUCCAUCCAGCUCAUCUCUCCAGUGAGCUGGGAGGCUAUUCCCAACACACGGAUCGACCUGGAGGAAUGGGAACACGUGACCUGUAUGAAGACGGUGGCUCUGAGGAGUCAGGAGACGGUGUCUGGCCUGAAGGGCUAUAUCGCAGCAGGGACCUGCGUGAUGCAGGGGGAGGAGGUCACCUGCAGGGGCCGGAUCUUGAUCCUGGAUGUGAUUGAAGUGGUGCCGGAGCCGGGCCAGCCCCUCACCAAGAACAAGUUUAAAGUUCUGUACGAGAAGGAACAGAAAGGUCCGGUGACGGCUCUGUGUCACUGCCACGGAUACCUGGUAUCCGCCAUCGGACAGAAGAUCUUCCUGUGGGUCCUGAAGGACAACGACCUGACGGGAAUGGCGUUCAUUGACACGCAGCUCUACAUCCAUCAGAUGUUCAGCAUCAAGAACUUCAUCCUGGCGGCCGACCUGAUGAAGAGCAUCUCACUGCUGCGCUACCAGGAGGAGAGCAAGACGUUGUCUCUCGUCAGCAGGGAUGCAAAACCUUUAGAGGUUUACAGCAUUGAAUUCAUGGUGGACAACAACCAGCUCGGUUUCUUGGUGUCUGAUCGGGACAAGAACCUCUGUGUUUACAUGUAUUUACCUGAAGCUAAAGAAAGCUUUGGAGGAAUGCGCCUGCUGAGGCGAGCGGACUUCAACGCCGGAGCCAACAUUAACACUUUCUGGCGGAUGCCGUGCAGAGGAGCGCUGGAAGCUGGCAGCAAGAAGGCUCUGACCUGGGACAACAAGCACAUCACAUGGUUUGCAACUCUGGAUGGCGGCAUCGGCCUGCUCCUCCCCAUGCCGGAGAAAACUUACCGCCGUCUGCUGAUGUUGCAGAACGCUCUCACCACCAUGCUGCCUCACCACGCCGGUCUCAACCCAAAAGCCUUCAGAAUGAUGCACAAUGACAGACGAAACUUACAGAACGCCGUGAGGAACGUCCUGGAUGGAGAACUUCUCAACAAGUACCUGUACCUCAGUACCAUGGAGCGCAGCGAGCUGGCCAAGAAGAUCGGCACCACGCAGGACAUCAUCCUGGACGACCUCCUGGACAUCGACAGAGUAACGGCUCAUUUCUGAGCGCCACAUUCCCGGCUCCUCCUGACUAUAAAUGCUGUUUUAUUUGUGAAAGAGGAAAAGGUUUUUGUUUUGAUCAUCUUCAUGCAGACUUUGGUUUUCUACUUGUUGGACAAAAGGAGACUUUGUGUUUUCUUAAAAUAUUUUCUAUUAAAAAAAAAGAAAAGUUGAUCAA